AUGUCAAGUGACAUAAAAAAUAAAAUUGCUCUAAGACCAAUUGAGCCUGCUACCAGGGGCGAGCGCAUUGAAGUUACAGUUAAUUAUAUAGAAAUAGCAAAAAGUUUCAAAUAUCCUGAUGUUCACUCUUAUACUUUUGAAGUCACAACACAACAAAGAAAAAAAGCAAAGAGAGAAGAAUCCGAAGAAGUUUUUUAUCAAUUGCUUAAAAAUAAGGAAUUCGGUCAAAAUGUUUUUCCAGUAUUCGAUGGUAAUAUGAUAUAUUCUUCUGAUGAACUUUGCGAUGGUAAAUCCAAUAAAAAAUUUUAUUCGAUUAAUAUUCCUCCCAAAGAUGGUGCUGGUCGAGCAAAAAGUUUUUCGGCAGCGCUUAAAUAUAGUAGUGGAUGUAAUACUUAUCAAAUGGCUGAAUAUGUCAAAGUGAACACAAAUCAACGUUGGGGAGAUGCCAUUCAGAAUAAUCUUCGUGUUCUUAAUACCUUUAUUAAUUCGAAUGUCAGAUCACAAUAUCUUACACAUGGAAGAAAACAAAUUUUUCCUAAACCUAACCCUCAAGAUCGUUUAUUUUUGCCAGAUGGAAUCGAGCUAAUGCUUGGUUUCUAUCAAAGCAUUCGUCCUGGAUGGGAUAAACUACUCAUUAAUAUUGAUAUAUGUGCUACAACAUUUUAUCCAUCCGGUCCAUUGAUCGAUUUGAUCCCUAAAAUUCUUGCAAAUAAAAAAUCUAAAGAUGAAUUACGAAGAGGACUUUCUAGAGAUGAAAUCAAACAUCUAGAGUUUUUUAUCAAAGGCAUUAGCUUCACGACAACUUAUCAUUCUGCUAAUAAUUCAAGGCCAAAAAAGAAAGCUUCUAAUAUAUCUGAAAAAUCAGCGCAGCAACUUAAGUUCGAUUAUAAUGGACGAAAUAUUAGUGUUAGUGAAUAUUUUCGAGAGUGCGGAACGCCAUUAGAAUAUUCUAUGCUUCCAUGCAUUGUUGUCAAGUCAACUAAACGUGGACAAAAUGAUGCAUUUUUUCCUUUAGAAAUUUGUUCUAUAAUAUCAGGUCAAAAAUUUAAAGUUGAUGACCUCAAUAAACCACAGAGACAAGAUAUGAUUAAACAGACUGCUAUUAAACCACCUGAUAGAUUUCAAAGAAUUGAAAAUGGCUUUACAAAUGUAUAUAAACACUCGGAAAAUAAUGCAAUGAAAUCAAUUGGAAUGUUAGUUGAAAAAGAACUUAUAAAAACUGAAUCAAGAGUUCUUGAUCCACCAAAACUUACUAGCACUCUUGAAAACAAAGAAAUCAUUCCUGAGUCUGGUUCAUGGAGUGUUCCUAAAUUUAUCGCGCCGGCAACAUUGCAUACUUGGUCUGUUGUUUGUUUUGAUCCGAAUUUAAAGAAACUGCAAGUUGAGGCUGCGAUUAGAACGUUAAUGGAAGUAUUAGUUGAAAAAGGAUUGAAAGUAAACAAACCUGUAAAAAUUAUUCAGGGCAACACUCAAAAUUGCAAAGAUGCCCUUACUUCAGCUGCACAAAGGGCAAACCCAAAGCUCAAUCCACAACUUAUUGUUUGCAUUCUUUGCCUCCAAAGUAAGGAGAUUGGAGAACGUCGAUGGAGGCAAGUUUGUCAUAAUAUUGCAUUGAAAAUAAACGGGAAACUUGGUGGAACAAACUCUCGUUUAAUUCCAAAACAACUUGACUUUAAAGAUUCAAAACGAUAUAUGGUUAUUGGUGCCGAUGUGUUUCAUCCUAGUAGAGAAGAUAAACGAAAAGGUCGACCGAGUACUGCAGCUAUAGUUGCAUCUAUAGAUCCACCUGCCACAAAAUAUAUUGGCCGAUAUAGUAUGAACAAAAAAUUAAAAAAUGAGGUUAUUGAAGAAAUUGAUAGUAUAGUUUUAGACUUUGUUGAAUUAUUUGAGAAAGUUAGUAAAAAAUCUCCUCCGGAAGCAAUUUUAUUUUAUCGAGAUGGUGUUGCUGAAGGACAAUUUGAAAGUAUAAUGGAGAAUGAAGUUACUAAAUUACUAGAUGCACUUAAACCUUUUUAUGAAACCCGUAAGCUUCCACCUCCAAAAUUAACAUUUGUAAUUAUGCAAAAGCGACAUCAUACUAGAGCCAAACCAAAUGAUGAAUCCAAAGCUGAUCCAAAAGGUAACGGAAACUGCAAACCUGGAACUGUUAUAGAUAAAGAUAUUGUCGUUCCACAGUAUUUUACUUUCUUUUUGCAAUCUCAUUCUAGUCCACUUGGGACUGCUAGACCUGCGUAUUACCAUGUUAUCUAUGAUGAAAUAGGGUUUUCUCAGGAUGAAAUGCAAACUCUUACUUAUAAUUUAUGUUUUUCAUCCGUAAGGUGUAAUCUCUCUUUAUCAAUGGUAACACCAUUACACUAUGCUCAUAACCUCGCAAAUCUGGCAAAAAACCUUGUUACAUAUAAAGAAUUUCCUGUUAAACCACCCGGUCGUGGAGGUCGUCAAACUCAGGCUCCUGCACCUGCUGAUCCAGAAAACGUCCAGGAUGGAAAAGUGUACCCUGCUCACGAUAAUAUUAAGAAUACAAUGUACUUUGCCUAA